CGUUCCAAAAAAUCUUUAUGUCACACAUUUUUCUCUAUAGUUUCUUAUUUUCCGCAAAAAUGUUGUGCUUGUAAAAAUAAUAGGUAUAAUUCAAAAUGUGUUUAUCGUAGAUUAGUCUAAAAAUAUUGUCAUGGCGCUUACUUCUAGAGCUUUAUAUACAAAUUGUCAACUCUUUCGCAACAUAACCAAAUCGGUAUAUAAUGUUGAGAGACACUUUCCAGUUACAUUAAAAUCUAAGAGGUUUGGCACCAACCAACGAACCAUCUGUAGGUCACUGGCUGUGCCACAAACGUGCUUCUCGCCAGGGUUUUUAAGGCAAUGUUCAUCACAAGCCCACAAUGAACAAGAGCCCCCGAAGAAGAAAGGCCUUGUUCAACAACUCAAGGAAAUGUAUAAAAAUUACUGGUAUGUGGUACUACCCGUCCACAUGGUUACAUCAGCUAUUUGGUUUGGUGGUGCCUAUUAUUUAGUGAGAAGUGGUGUGGAUGUGCUGACUAUUUUGGAAUCACUAGGUUUAAGUGAACAACUGUUAAAGCCGUUCAGAGAGUCUAGUGCAGGCUAUGUUGCACUUGCAUUUGCUCUGUAUAAAGUAGUCACACCUUUUAGAUAUGCUGUUACCAUUGGUGGAACCACCUAUGCAAUCAAAAGACUUACUGCUAUGGGUUGGAUUAAACCAGUACCAUCUAGAGAGCGCAUCAAAGAAAUGAUUCAACAAAAACAAGACCAGUUUAUGGAAAGUAAACAGCAUUACCAAACGCAAAUGAAGGAAAAAAGAACACAAAUUAUGGAUGACUUGAGAAGGUAUAAGACAGAAAUGAAAAACACUAAAAACAAAAAAAAAUCUGAGAAUGACCAUGAAAAAUAAAUGUUGAUGAACUUAAUGUGCAUGUGCCAACCC